CAUGUCGAGCCCCCUGUCCAUCCCUUCAAACGUGAUCUUCACCGACGACGAGGCUGCGAUGAAAAACAUCGACAACAUCCGACCGGGUAGCGUUUCUCCGCUGCUCAUCAGGAAAAAUGAUCCGGUGAUCCGCAUAGUCCUCCCGGUUGUGUUUGUGGAGUCAGUUGCACUGGUGACGUCGACGAAUGUUGACAGCUUCAGGGUGAAGGUCAAGCGCCCGAUCGACUCGACAUUGAAACCUGUCAGCGGAGGAAAGAAGUUUCUGCCUUCAGAACGUGUGCCAAUCAACCAUGCAGUGAUAGAGGUGGACAUAGAGCUGUUCGGCACGGCGCCCUACCAGCUGCGCAUCAGCGUCAUUGCCUGCUAUCCAACAGGAUCAUCAACUCUAUCAGUCGUAUCGGAAACUACACCUUCGUCGAGUUUACCAACCACCCCUUUUGUGUCGUCAUCAGAAUCAGAGACCACUCCUGGCGUGACGUCAUCAGCAACAACCCCUGGUGAAUCGUCAUCAGCAACCACUUCUGGUGUGACGUCAUCAGAAACAACUCCUGUUGUGUCGUCAUCAGAAUCAACUCCUGGUAUGUCGUCAUCACAAUCAGCAACAACACCUGGUGAAUCGUCAUCAGCAACAACUCCUGGUGAAUCAUCAUCUUCAGCAACAACUCCUGGUGUGACGUCAUCAGCAACAACUCCUGGUGCAACAUUAUCUUCAGCAACAACUCCUGGUUUGUCUUCAUCAGAAUCAACUACUGUUAUGUCGUCAUCACAAUCAGCAACGACACCUGGUGAAUCGUCAUCAGCUACAACCCCUGUUGAAACAUCAUCUUCAGCAAUAACUCCUGGUGUGACGUCAUCAGCAACAACUCCUGGUGUAACAUCAUCAGAAUCAACAACAGCUUAUGGUUCGUCGUAUCCAGAAUCAACUCUUGGUGUGUCUUCAUCAGAAACAGGUCCAACAACUCCUAGUGUGUCGUCAUUAGAAUCAACAGCAACUCCACUUGUAUCGUCAUCAAUUUCAACAACAACUCCACUUGUUACAUCAUCAGUAUCAGCAACAACUCCACUUGUUACGUCAUCAGAAUCAGCAACAACUCUACUUGUUACGUCAUCAGAAUCAGCAACAACCCCAUUUGUUACGUCAUCAAAAUCAACAACAACUCAUGGUGAAUCAACAUCAGCAACAACUCCUGGUGCGUCGUCAUCAGAAACAGGUUCAACAACUCCAAGUACUGCAUCCACUCCAGGAUCAUCAGUUUCCUCAAGUGAAGUUACAAUGUCAAGUGAACCAGGUUAUAUUUCUACGCCCGGCACAAGCUCUACCCCAAGAACUGCCUCUUCAGUAUCAUCUAGCACAGGCACAUCGACACCUUCUGUAACAGAGUCAUCGUCUACAACUCGAAGCGUUUCUUCCCUUUCAGAAACAACUAGUUCUCUAUCUACUCCGGGCACACGUUCUACUCCAGGAUAUUCCUCUUCAGUAUCAUCUAGCACAGGAACGGUGACACCUUCAGUUGCAGAAUCAUCAUCAACAAUAUCUAGUGUUUCUUCCGCUACUGCAACAACAUCUGCAGAAUCAUACAGCACAGGAACUGCGACACCUUCAAUUGCAGAAUCAUCAUCAACAACUUCUAGUACUUCUUCCUCCACUGAAACAACAUCUGCAGAAUCAUAUAGCACAGGCACAACGACACCUUAUGUAACAGAGUCAUCACCUACAACUUCUAGUACUUUUUCCUCAACUGAAACAACAUCUGCAGAAUCAUAUAGUACAGGCACAACGACACCUUCUGUAACAGAGUCAUCAACUGCAACGUCUAGUACUUCUUCCUCCACUGAAACAACAUCUGCAGAAUCAUACAGCACAGGAACUGCGACACCUUCAAUUGCAGAGUCAUCAUCAACAAUGUUUAGUGUUUCUUCUGCUACUGAAACAACAUCUGCAGAAUCAUAUAGCACAGGCACAACGACGUCUUCAGUUGCAGAAUCAUCAUAUACAACUUCUAGUACUUCUUCCGCUACUGAAACAACAUCAACAGAACCAUACAGCACAGGCACAACGACACAUUCAAUAGCAGAGCCAUCAUCUACAACUCCUGGUGUAUCAUCAUACACUGAAACAACAAGUUCUGUCACUACUCCUGGCACAAGUUCUAUUCCAGGAACGUCAUCUUCAGUGUCAUCUAGUACAGGAACAGUAGAAUCACGAUCAACAACCCCUAGCGUUUCUUUAUCCUCCGAAACAACUAGUUAUAUUUCUACAACAGGGACCAUUUCUACUCCAGGAUAUUCAUCAUCCGUAUCAUCUAGCACAGGUACAGCGACCUCAGUAGCAGAAUCAUCAUCAACAACUGCUGGUGUUUCUUCGUAUACUGAAAUAACAUCGUCAGUAGCAUCCACCACAGGCACAAUGACCCCUUCAAUAGCAGAAUCAUUAUCAACAACAUCUAGUAUUUCUUCCGCUACUGAAACAACAACUUCAGAAGUAUCUAGCACUGGCACAACGACACCUUCGUUAGAAGAAUCAUCUACAACUUUCAGUGUUCCUUCCUCCUCUGAAACAAUAAGUUAUCCGUCUACCCCUGGUACAAGUUCUACACCAGGAUAUUCAUCUUCAGUAUCACAAAGCAUAGGAACUGCGACACCUACUGUAACUGAAUCGUCAUCUACAACUUCCAGUGUUUCUUCACUCACUGAAACAAGUUCUGCUUCUACUCCGGGUACAGUUUCAAGUCUAGGUAGUUCAACAUCGUCGGUAAAUUUAAGCACCGUCUCGGAAACACCUUCAAUAGCAGAGUCAUCAUAUACAACCCCUGGCGUUUCGUCCGCAAUAGAAACAACACGUUCUGUUUCUACUCCGGAAUCAAUGUCUAGUCCAGUUAGCACCAUAUCGACAAUGUCUUCGGAAAGUGAAAGUACUAUAUAUGUUUCUUCCUCGGUAUCUUCAUCAUCAUCGUCAACUCCUAGUGUAUAUUCAUCUAUGUCACCGACAAGUUCCAUUACAACUCCAAGUACAUCAGAAGCUCCUAGCUCAUCAUCCAUCGAGGUUAUAGCAGGACUAACAACACGAUGCGAAGUGAUCGAGGGAAUGAGCAAGCCCUUGUUUAUUGGAAGAGACAGCAUCGUUGACGUCAAGAACGAGUCGCUGGACGACGUUGACAUGCUAAGGCCAAACAGUCUGCGGCCAUUCAGCGUCGACAAGGACGCGUUCACUGUCAAGAUCUGGUUUAUGCCGGCCAUUCCCAUAGAGUCGGUGAAACUGCCGACGGCUGAGAACGUGAAAUCUAUUACGGUCGAAUUUGUUCGUCCGGACAAGAAUGCUACGACAGUUCUGGCUGCUCAGGACGUUUCUCCAUCUACAAUAGUCCAGUUCCUCGGAUUACCAGACGCAGUUGACAUUUUAAUUACGUUCUCGCGAGACCAGUCUAACAAAACCAUGAAGUUCAGACUGGAAGUGUAUGGCUGUUUCCGCUACAUGACCACCACCGCUGUUCCGACUGUAUCAGUCUUCACAACCGUGUCGUCUUCGUCUGUCCUAACUACGGAGUCAAGUCUCGCGUCAUCGUCUCUGACAACAGAACCCAGCCUGACGGCCAGCCAAGGGAUCACCUUGGGUUACGUUAGUUCAGAGACAACAACUGCUUCGUACAGCUCUGAAAAGACAACGCCGCCUUCUUACACUACUGUACAAACAACAUUGCCGCCAAUAGUCACCAGUCACACUGCAUACACGACCUCGUAUGUAACUGUAUACACCACCGAGCCCUGCUUACUGCUGAAGGGCAUGGAGAGUUAUCACGAUAUUCCCAACGGCAACAUUCGCACGAACGACAUCACAGUGGAUGCAAAUAGACUGCGUCCACAGCUCGGUAACCCACUCAAGUCCCACCGACCUAACUUGAAGGUCACGGUAGACCUACCUCCAUCUGGGGUGAUUGUGGACCGAUUGGAAUUGCCGGACCAUACUAACAUCAAGGGGGUGUUCGUCUUCUACACCAGGCCUGGCGACGACACUCUGGUCACUCUUAACAGCGGCAAGCCACUUCCGGCUGACGCAGCCAUACAAAUGCCUAGGAACGUUCCGAUAGCGCGCGUGGUUGUUGAGGUGGUGGAGAAGAACAUCGUGCAGGACGCCAUCUUGAUGACUCUGCAGAUUUGGGGUUGCUUUGUUCCAGGAACGACAACUCCUGCCUUAACUACAAUGUCCGAGAGUACAGUCCCCUGUGAAGCCGAGAGCAUGUUGGAGCGAAGCAUCCUGUCACCAGAGUCCCUGGAAACUUCCGAUAAGACGCUCGACCUCCGCCGCCUGUUGCCCGGAAACCCCGCAGGCCCGGCGGUGUCGUUCGAAGCCAACCUGAGGGUGGCGGUCAACUUCAAUGGGGGCGCGGCGCUUGACAAGUUGGUGCUACCGACGCACGGGAACAUACUGACUAUAAAGAUACUGAUACAGUUACCUGGGGAGACGAAAUAUAUACCGUACAUGGGUGGACAGCCUAUUCCGGUCACGGACGCCCCGAUCCCUCUACCAACAGGAAUGAUGGCCAACCAGGUGGUGGUAGUCGUGCUGGAAAAAUUACAGGCCGACCUUCCCAUCACCCUCACCCUCAAUAUUUGGGCCUGCUUCGAUGUUGUUACCACACCCGCCUACUCGUCCAACUCCUACACGUCGCCCCCCGAGUGCGAGGUCAAGGUCAUCAACUUCUCACGCGUGGACGGCCUGGCAGGGGCCUCCUCCCAGAUGUCAGGGGCCAAGGCCGUGCAGGCUUUGAAGGGGUCCAAUGGAUUCUGGUCGCCGACGACGGACGAUGUGGAGACGUACCCCUACCUGUUCUUUCAGAUCAAUGCACGUGAGGGCCACGCUGUUGUAUACAAGGUGACAUUCACCCUGAGGUUCUCUAAGUUUGUCGUGCUUAGUCUCUUCAACAGGAACGACCAGAACGUGGACACGAGCGAGAAGAUCAAGUGCAACACGCCCGUCCACCAUAAGCGUAUCACGUACAACUUUUACGGGCAGACCGGUGACAAGGUCUACAUUUACGUGAGUCCAACCAAGAACACGCAGUCACAGGUGUCUGACCUUGAGAUACACGCCUGCUACACGCCAGAGGUGGCGACAACAAUCGCCCCCACACCAUUGACGACGACACCGGAACCGAUCACGUGCUAUUUCUCGUGCGAUGCUGGAAGUACUUGUGUGCACGCUGAAGAGUUGUGUGAUGGGAAAUGCAACUGUUAUGACUGCCGGGACGAAGAAAACUGCACCACCACCACACCUGCUGAUGUGUGCGGCGGUUUCGGGUACGAGCCGGUAGUGCAGGGAGGUCAACAGGUCAUAUGCGGAGGGGCCGCGGGCGCAACGUGUCCGAGGCCGAGUGACCGCUGCACAUACUUCCCGGGUGCGGACUUUGGGCCAUGUUGUCGCGCUAACGAGGAGACCACCACCACCACCAAGUUUGAGACAACCACGCCGGCACAGAACGGCGGAUGGGGAACAUGGUCGCCCUGGUCGCGCUGUACACGGUCGUGCGGCCCCGGGGAGGAGACACGGUACCGGUUUUGUAACCAGCCACCACCGGGUCCCGGCGGCGCCAUGUGUGCCGGUGACGCCACUGGUUCCCGACCUUGCAGACUCACAGACUGUGCCUAUGGCCUGCCUAACUGGUCCCCGUGGUCGGCCUGGGGCGACUGUGACGUCACGUGCGGCACGGGAAAACGCGCGAGAACCAGAGCAUGUGACAGCCCCGCCCCAGGGCCAGGGGACACUGGUUGUCAAGGUAACGCCACUCAGACGCUGCUGUGUAUGGAGCGACCCUGCAUGUGCACGUUCGACAUGAUCACCUUCCGGAACGCGUUUGGCUACGAGCCGGCUGAGCAGAUUGGUUAUGUUGAAUCUGACGGCAAGUACGGGCCGACGUCGCCCGAUGAAGACGUCUACAUAGGAGACAAAGUUGACGUCGGCGUCAUUGUACAUGUUGACUGCAGCAACUGCACGUGUAUGAACGGACUGCUCCAGUGUAUAAUAGGACAGUGUGAAGAGUGUUCCUACUGGCCCUGGGGCCCGUGGUCCCUGUGCUCUAAAUCCUGUGACGUCGGUCAAAAGUGGCGAACGCGGCGCCUGCGCGUCAGCGGCGGUCCCCAGGCGGCCAAAUGUAAACCCGAGCUGACUGAGAGGGAGGAUUGCAGUGUGGAGCCCUGCCCAACUGCUCUACCGCCCAGUUGGAACCCCUGGUCCCCGUGGAGUGCCUGUACCCCCGGUAUCCCCUGCCUGGCUGGUACCCAGCUGCGGACCCGAGCCUGCAACCACCCGUUUGGUUGCCUAGGAGACGCGAUGGAGACUCGCCACUGCGAAAAUACCUGCAGUGAGAUCCCUUCCAAGUGUCCUCCAGGCUUAGUUUGGAGCACCUGCGCCAACAGGUGCCCCCACACCUGCUUUGACCUGCGCCUCAACACCUGCACCGAGGAUGAUGACAUGUGUGUACCAGGUUGCACGUGUGCUGACGGUAUGAUGCUAUACAACAGCAUGUGUGUUCCCGUCAACAACUGCCCCUGCUACGACACCGACGGCAGCGUGGUCCUACAUACUAUGGAGAUAAAUAGAGGGCCCUGCGAGACAUGCGUGUGCCGAAAUGGUACCCUUGAGUGCAACAAGGACCCAGAGUGUUGCACGUGGGACGCGUGGGGCACGUGGGGACAGUGUAGCGACACGUGUGGACGAGCCACUCGCAACCGAUACAGAUCACUGUUGCACGGAAGCCCCGUGCACUGCGGUCAGAAGUUCGACACUCAGAUCUGCCCUUACCGCCCAUGUCCCGCGGACUGCGUCUAUGAGGGGCUCUCGUAUAACGUUGGUGACGUCAUACCGGGAUCACCGCCGUGUCUCAUCUGCCGCUGUACGACCGGCGGACGGUGGUGCGAGAGGGACAAGAACGCUAUAGUUCACGGCUCAUGGGGUCAGUGGACAUCCUGGAGUGGCUGCAGCCGGACAUGCGCAGGCGGACUGACCAACAGGUUCCGGAUGUGUAACCUCCCCUUGCAGAACUGCGGCGGGUCGCCAUGCGCCGGGGAAAACUCGCAGACUUUGCCAUGUAACAACAACGUCACAUGUUGUGAGGUGAGCGGGUGGACGGCGUGGAGCGAGUGUAGCGCCACCUGCGACUCGGGGACGCGCGAGCGGCGCCGUCAGUACACGAACCCCCUGGACUGGACACGAUGUCACGUGACGCUGCUGGAGACUGGAGUCUGUCUGGAGAGACCGUGCAAUAUGCGGUGCAACGUGAGUGCCUGGUCGGAAUGGUCGGCAUGUUCGGUACGGUGUGGUACGGGUCGUAGGGAGCGCAGCAGACGUGUGUUAGGAAUAACCACCUACGACUGUCCCACUUUGAUCGAUGACGCCGUCUGCUAUGCAGGCGCUUGCAAUUGCGGAACCAAUGAGUAUUACACCAACUGUACGACUUGUGAGGACACAUGCGCCAAUAGGCUGACGUCAGGGCCCUAUGCUGUAUGUAACCGGACGGGCUGUUUAUGCGCGCGCGGUUACUAUAGAAACCAGAAGGGUCAGUGCGUCACGGGCAAUCAGUGUGAGGUCUGUGUCGUAAACGGAGAGGAGAAAAAGCCCGGUGAAACUUGGGCACCAACUGACAACAAAUGUGUCCAUUGUGAAUGUGUGAACGGAGACGUCAUGUGUUCCCCUCGCUGUGAGAUACCGGUCUGUAAAGAGGACGAGACGCUCAGUUAUGACGUCACAGAUCCGUGCUGCCCGCGGUGUGUCAAACAAUCCGACACGUGUCAACUGCAGAGGCGCCUCGACUUCCUGUACGACGCCGGCCGCACGUGUCGCUCAGUGGACAAGGUUGAGUUCACAUUCUGCACGGGCUCGUGUGGAAACAGCACCGCCUCACCCCAACUGUUGCUUCACACCGGAUAUACCCUGGACGUCAGUUGCAGGUGUUGCACGGGAGACGUGGACCGCUACAGCGUGGUGAACGUGCUUUGUGGUGAGGGGAUAAAUAAGCGACCGACCACCGCCCUUGUUCCCGUCAUGUCCGCGUGCAGGUGUCGCGCAUGCGCGGAGUCACGUGAAUCUGUCCCAGCGGACGCGUUCACAGCAACAGGAAAACGGAAGUAAAUAUACAAAUUCGCACAUGCGCGGUACAGGACUUCGAAGUCGCUCUAUGGACACGAAUAUAAAUGUUGUAGUUUGCAAUUAUUACUGUAAAGUCUAAACGUAUUUAUGUUGUUAUUGUGUAUCGUUUGUAUGACAUGUUUGUGUCCGAAUGAUGGUAUUUAAAUGUUCA